AUGCGGACCUCGAAUAUACCCUGGACAUGGUUCCUCGUCCCUCUUUUGUUUUGGGACUCCUUCGUUGUUCCUACACGGGCUUCUCCUUCCGUUAAUGUCGCCUUACAGACCUCCUUCUCCGCCGGUCCUUACCUGGUCGAAUUACUAGAAACGGCUGCGCUUGAAAACUCCUCCUCCUACUUUCCUCUUCUCGACCGUAUCGCCGAUGGUGUUUUUGCAGAUUUGCAAACAGAACAAGAGCUGUAUACUAGAUUCCUCGAGAUCCUGCAGAACGAUGGCCAUCUUUCCACCUCCGAGUCUCUUUCUUCCUUCAAAUUCGCUCUCGCCCUUCAUGCUGCGGCUCCAAGGGUUGAAGCUCAUUUCCAGUACUACACGACUUCUGUUCAACCUCAUCUGAUGGCUGCCCAGGAUGCCGCCUGCCCUGUCUGGGUUUAUUUGGAUGACCACCAAUUUUGCUCUCCUGCUUUGGACCGUGCUCAGCAGACCGUCUCCAUUCCCGAUGCUGCGAACGAUCUCCCAUUCGAUCGAGUCCUUGGUGCCUCGUCUGACGGACCGACAUCUAUCCUCUAUGCAGACAUCACGCAUCCUUUGUUCGGCCAAUUUCACAGUGUCGUCAGCCAAACCGCUCGUGAAGGGAAAUCGACAUACAGGGUGCGUUACAGACCUUCGGCAUCGGUCUCUCGCGGACCCAUCCCCGUUUCAGGUUAUGGUGUGGAGCUCGUUUUAAAGCGCACAGACUACAUCGUUAUUGACGACCGUGAUGCCCAAAAGUCGGGAGAUACGACACCGGACCAGCUCUCGUUAGAGACCGUCCAGGAUGAUGAGCUCAAAGAUCUGAAGCCCCUGACCACUUCAGAAGUUGCCAACCUGGGCGUCAAUGCUGCCAGCUUCAUCGUCUCAAGCUCGAGUCCUCUGGAUACUCUGUUGCAGGUCACAUCCGAUUUUCCUAGGUACUCGUCCCUUCUCGCAGCGGCAAAUGCUAGCAGAGAGUUCAUUCUAGAACACAGGGCAAAUCGAGAGAAAUUUCUACCCUCAGGAUACAAUGUCUUGUGGAUCAACGGUGUGCAGAUCGAGCCCCGCCAGAUCAAUGCCUACUCGCUCCUCGACCAUUUGCGAAGAGAAAGGCGCAUUAUUACCCAGCUCAAGAACCUGGGGCUGACACCGUCCGAAGCUAUUAGCCUGCUCUCCAGUGAGAUAAUCGCUGAAGCACAAGCCAAUGAAACGCCUCAGCGGUUUGACUGGCGCGACGAUUCCGAAGCUGGUGGGGUCCUGAUGUGGCUGAAUGAUCUGGAGCAAGAUAAACGUUAUGCUGGAUGGUCAUCGUCACUGCGGUCUUUGUUCCAGAGGACCUAUCCCGGGCAGCUCCCCCAGGUAUCCCGUGAUAUACAUAACCUCCUCGUGCCGAUUGAUAUGGGCAACAUCAAGGAUAUUGAACUGGCUGCCACCUCACUACAGAGUCUGGUUAGGCGACAAGUCCCCAUCAGAAUUGCUCUGAUUCCCACAGGGGAAGGGCAGACGGCGAACAUUCAUUCAAAAGUGGCAUAUCAUAUUUCAGAUACCUACGGUCUAACUGCUCUGAUGAGCUUCUUUUCCGAUGUUGUAGCAUCUAAGAGAUUGGAUACGAGCCCAGAGAAAAGUUUCAAUACCGCCAUCAAGGGUCGGGCUCUCAGACAGGGAAAGGAGCCAUUAUCGUUUCAAGAUGUUCUGACAGACGAAAGCCUGGAUCUACGACUGCUAGCACGAGAUCAAUAUCUGGCCCGCUUAGCACUGACAGGGCCCAAUCCUCCUUUCCUCGUCAACGGCGUGGUCUUACCGAGGACGGAGAACUGGUUCGAGCUCUUGAGUGCGCGACUGUAUGCAGAUCUCCAGCUGGUACAGCAAGCAGUGUAUCAAGAAGCAAUUGCGGAAGAUUCCUGGAUUCCCGAGUUCUUCCUCUUCCAGGCUGUCAAGCGGCGCAAUGAGAUAGUCUUCCCUGAUGACCCCAAAGACAUCGAAAUUGUCGACGUUGGCCAAAUAGCCACCGAGUUUGCUGAUAGCUUUGCUCGCCUACCUCGGCUGGCCGGGACAGAGGCGACCUUGUUGAGCGACCGCGCUCAUCUACUUAUCGUCGUUGAUCUUGAAUCCGAAGCUGGUCGGGCCUUGGUUCUGGAAGCGCUACUAUUUCACCAGCGGAAUCCUGAAAUGGAGCUUUUGAUCAUUCACAAUCCUAGUCCUGGAUCGCAGGCCUCGACCUUUGCCCACGCUCUAUAUGCGCUUUUGCAAGGGGACGGGCGGGAUUUGGCCGUCGAACGGCUUGAGCAGUUGAUCAAGGGCGAUCUAAAUCCUUCUGCCGAUGAUAUGACAGAUGCAUCAGCUGAAUUUUGGCGUUCUCAGACAGACUUAAUCCGCAGGCUAUCGUUCUCAGAAGGUCAAAAUGGCUUGUGGCUGAAUGGUCGUCUCCUAGGACCGCUCACAGAGAGCUUCACCUCUGUCGACUUCGAGUCGCUGCUCGAAUUCGAACGGAGGGAAAGGAUAGCACCAGUUACAACUGCCAUCACUGGACUUGCGCUGGAGGACCGAUUCGCGGGGGCUCUCGAGCUUGCAAAGAUCACCUCGCUUGUUGCUCGAUCUCUGAAGUCUGACCUGCCGGAGGGUUUGAGGGAAUCGGCACCCUUGAUCAGACUGGAGCGGUUCAAAAUCUGGAACGGCACUCAUACGUCCAUCAACAUAUCGAACUCGGCCGAUGUCAAUGUUCAGAUCGUGGCCGUAAUCGACCCGGCCUCUGAGCUUGUCCAGCAAUGGGUUCCGAUUCUGAAGAGCUUGUCGCAGCUCAGUGGAGUGAGCGUGCAGAUCUUCUUGAAUCCGAAAGACAGAUUGACCGAGCUACCAGUCAAACGAUUCUUCCGCCAAGUCAUCAGCGCCGAGCCCAGUUUCGACGCCCAUGGUUCUCUAUUGGUUCCCAACGCAUCAUUCAGCGGCAUCCCCAAGGAUACACUCUUCAACCUCGGAAUGAUUGUCCCUCCGUCAUGGUUGGUCGCACCCAAACAAUCUAUCCAUGAUUUAGACAACAUCAGGCUUAGCAACCUAGCCGAAGGGGAGAACAUUGACGCUAUCUAUGAGCUUGAGCACAUUCUCAUUGAAGGCCAUGCAAGAGACGUGACUAAUGGUCCACCCCCUCGUGGCGUACAACUGUUGCUGGGGACUGAGGAUGAGCCGCACUUUACGGACACCAUCGUUAUGGCUAAUUUGGGUUACUUCCAAUUCAAAGCCAACCCGGGGUUCUGGCAAAUAUCAUUAAAGCCAGGAAGGUCUUCCAAGAUCUUCAACAUUGACAGCGUUGGCCCCCAUGGUUACUCGGCUCAGCCGGGCGAUGAGACCACAUCAGUCGCUUUGCUUUCGUUCCAAGGGCUGACUCUGUUCCCUCGGCUUUCCCGAAAACCCGGCAUGGAAGAGGAAGAUGUGCUAGAGUCCUCUGCCUUUGGGGGAGCUAUGGACUACCUUAGCAUGGGGGCGUCUUUCGCAUCUUCGGCGCUGUCGUCAUUGGGCUUCAAGAAAGCCUCGACAAACGCAGACAUCAACAUCUUCUCGGUGGCUUCGGGUCACCUUUAUGAAAGGAUGCUGAAUAUCAUGAUGUUGUCGGUCAUGAAGCACACCAAGCACAGUGUCAAGUUCUGGUUCAUCGAACAAUUCCUAUCACCAUCAUUCAAGAGCACUCUGCCUGUCCUUGCGAAACACUACGGCUUCGCUUACGAGAUGGUCACCUACAAAUGGCCUCACUGGCUCCGCGGUCAAAAGGAGAAGCAGCGGGAAAUCUGGGGGUACAAGAUCUUGUUCUUGGACGUGCUCUUUCCUCUGGAUUUGGACAAAGUCAUCUUCGUGGAUGCCGACCAAAUUGUGCGCACCGACAUGAUGGAACUAAACAAGGUGGACCUAAAGGGAGCUCCCUACGGCUUCACCCCAAUGUGCGACUCUCGCACAGAAAUGGAGGGCUUCCGGUUUUGGAAACAAGGCUACUGGGAGACAUAUCUCAGGGGCAAACCUUACCACAUAUCCGCUCUCUAUGUGGUCGACCUCAAGAGAUUCCGUCAACUCGCCGCCGGUGAUCGUCUCAGACAACAGUACCAAGCGCUCUCCGCCGACCCCGCCAGCCUCUCAAACCUGGACCAGGAUCUCCCGAAUCACAUGCAACACAACCUGCCCAUCCACAGUCUAUCUCAGGAAUGGCUGUGGUGUGAGACAUGGUGCGACGAUGCAAGUCUGGCCAAGGCCAAGACCAUUGAUUUGUGUAAUAACCCCCUCACCAAGGAGCCCAAGUUGGACAGGGCGAGGAGGCAGGUUCCUGAAUGGACACUUUACGACGAGGAGAUUGCUGGAGUCAUCCGGGCGGCAAAGCAGAAGGAGAAGGAGGAAUCCACCCCGGCCAUCAUGGACAACGAGGAUCUGGACGAGGCCGAGGCUGGUGGUGGUGGAGGCGACAGCCAGCAGAAGAAGCUUGUAAGUGACGAGAGGAUUAGAGAUGAGUUAUGA